ACAAGCAAACACGCCCUUAAUUAAACCCUACCCGAACUCUCCAAAAUCGCAUCCGCCGAAACCCGUUAAAAGCCUCGAUCGUCUCCUUCGCUCUUCCAAGAGCAGUACGGACGGCGAUGUACUGAUAUCUAUAUCCAGAACUCGAGAAAGUGUCUCGAGAUGUCGAAGGACGGAGACCUAGGCGAGAGUUCCCAUUCCCGGCGUGUAGAGCAACCGCCGCCGGUUUCAUCUGCGACCAGGGUUCGAGCCCGAGCAGACUCGUUCCUACUCACCUGUAGAGUUUUCAGCUUCGUCACUUCGGUGGCUGCAAUUCUCUGCAUUGCCGUCAAUGUUUACUCCGCUUUCCGAUCCUUCAGAAACGGAUAUGAUGUGUUUGAUGGAAUUUUCCGGUGUUAUGCGGUUGUGAUUGCAAUGAUUGUGGUUGUUGCUGAAACGGAAUGGGGGUUCUUCAUCAAGUUCUGGAAGGUAUUGGAAUAUUGGGCUGGAAGGGGUAUGCUGCAAAUAUUUGUUGCAGUAAUGACCAGAGCUUACCCUGAAUAUAAUGGGCAACAACAUGAGUUGAUUCUUGUCCAGCAAAUAGCAAGCUACUUGCUUCUUGCAUGUGGUGCCAUUUAUGUCCUAUCAGGAAUUUUAUGCAUUGGGUUUUUCAAACGGGCUCGCCAGAAUAAAGAAAUUUCCAAGGAGCAAACAAUUAUGGAUCUGGAGGCUCUAGAGCGUCGCAGAGAACAGCUUACAGCAUUAUUGGCGCAAGAGAAUCCAUAAGAAUGUGAACCCAUCCUGCCAACAAUUUUGAGAGCUUCCCAAAGCUGCCCAAACAAGCCCAUUAUCUGCUUGCAACUGCCCUUUUACAUAUGAAUGAAGUCUCUACGCCUCUACGGUACAUGUUCAUGAAUUAUUAAUCUUUUCUCACCUUUUCUGUUUGGGGCUACUAUAGUGUCUGAAGAGAACUGAUAGUGUGCAAUUAGGAUAUAAAGAAAACCUACUGGUAGGUUUCUUAUGCACACACACACAGUACAUGAGUAUGACCUACUAUCUCCGUCUCAAAGCAUUUGUUGAGUUUGAAUUUUUUUUUUUGAGUCAAAAUGGAUAGAGGGAGGAAUAUUAAGCUCUUCAAUUCCCUGACAUUGUUCCAUUUUACAGAUAUAUUCCUGUUUUGGUUACGUUGCACUUUUUUUUACUGGUCUUAGUACCACUUCAUAUUCAAUGGAACUAAAAAGAAAAUGUUUUAGCUUAGGUGUAUAAUUGACUUAAAUCAAAAUGACAUUAAUUUCAUUUGCUUCCAAUGAAGUUUUAGGUAAUAAAUGCAGUAAUGCAUCUACGGUUAAACGGCGUCUACCUGUAAGAUCUCACUAGAGUAAGACUUCGUAUAUCUUGACCCCUAGACCUCAAUGAUGUUGGGAUUAUACUGGGUUUUUGUUGUAGAGCCGAUCUGCAUUCACAAGUCAAAUUGAGGUAAAUGAUAUUUACACUCAAAAAUAUACUAUUCAUGGGAUA